UCAAUCUCUCAGCACUCCCAAUCUCACCGACUCCGGCCAUCUCUCCGGCGACCACAGCAGCAGCAUCCCAUCCUCCGAAGAUGGCCACAGCGGCAGGCGGCGGCGGGAGGGGCAAGCCGAAGGGGAGCAAGUCGGUGUCGCGGUCGGUGAAGGCGGGCCUGCAGUUCCCGGUGGGCCGCGUCGCCCGGCACCUCAAGGUCGGCCGGUACGCGCAGCGCGUGGGCGCGGGCGCCCCCGUCUACCUCUGCGCCGUCCUCGAGUACCUCGCCGCCGAGGCCCUGGAGCUGGCUGGCAACGCGGCGCGCGACAACAAGAAGACCCGGAUCACGCCGCGCCACAUCCAGCUCGCCGUCCGCAACGACGAGGAGCUCAGCCGGCUGCUCGGCGGCGUCACCAUCGCCGCCGGCGGCGUCCUGCCCAACAUCAAUUCCGUCCUCCUCCCCAAGAAGGCCGGCAAGGCCGCCGCCGGCACCGGCGGGUCCGCGUCCCAGUCCCAGGAGUUCUAGAGCCUUCGAGAUCUGAAAAAUAGCGUGGUCCGGCGAUGAUGUUUUUAGUAUGCUGGUAGAUUAGUUCUCGUUGGUUCAUGUAUCGAGGUUGUAUCUCGAUGGAAUGGAAUGCUUGCAAUCUGGUUCAUGUUUUCUGCCUGUGAUUUGCCCAUGUCAAUCUGAAUGAAACUGUUUUUUUU